AACCAUUCACUUGCACUCUGUGUGGGAAGAAUUUCAUCCACUCAUCACACCUUAAUCAACACAUGAUGAUUCACACUGGAGAGAAACCAUUCACAUGCACUCAGUGUGGGAAGAGUUUCAGGAUAUCAUCAUCGCUUUGUAGACACAUGAUGACCCACACGAUAGAAAAACCAUUCACAUGCACUCAGUGUGGGAAGAGUUUCAGCCAAUCAUCAUACCUUAAUAAACACAUGAGGAUCCACACUAGAGAGAAACCAUUCACUUGCACUCAGUGUGGGAAGAGUUUCAGCCAAUCAUCACACCUUAAUCUACACAUGAUGAUUCACACUGGAGAGAAACCAUUCACAUGCACUCAGUGUGGGAAGAGUUUCAUGAUAUCAUCAUCGCUUUGUAGACACAUGAUGACCCACACGAUAGAAAAACCAUUCACAUGCGCUCAGUGUGGGAAGAGUUUCAGCCAAUCAUCAUAUCUUAAUAAACACAUGAGGAUCCACACUGGAGAGAGUCCAUUCACAUGUUCUCAUUGUGGAAAGAGUUUCAGCCACUUAUCACAUUGUAAUAAACACAUGAAAAUCUCUCGGUGUGAGAGAGUAUGUGUGCUUGGAGCAGAGUUGAAACGGCACCAGAGGAUUCACACUGGAGAAAAACCGUACAAGUGUUCACAGUGCAGCAAAAGGUUUACUCACUCAGGAACCUUGAAAACACAUGAGAGGAUUCACACUGGAGAGAAACCUUGUUUUACCUGCACUCAGUGUGGAAAGAGUUUGGCAAGCAAAAGCAAAUUAAAGACUCACAUGAGGAUCCACACUGGAGAGAAACCAUUCACAUGCACUCAGUGUGGGAAGAGUUUCAGCCACUCAUCAUCUCUUAAUCAACACAUGAGAAUCCACACUGGAGAGAAACCAUUCACAUGCACUCAGUGUGGGAAGAGUUUUAGCAAAUCAUCAUCGCUUUAUAGACACAUGAAGAUCCACACCGGAGGAAAACCUUUCACAUGCACUCAGUGUGGGAAGAGUUUCAACCACUCAUCAUUCCUUAAUCUACACAUGAGGAUCCACACUGGAGAGAAACCAUUAACAUGCCCUCAGUGUGGGAAGAGUUUUAGCAAAUCAUCGUCGCUUUAUAAACACAUGAAGAUCCACACCGGAGAAAAACCAUUCACAUGCACUCAGUGUGGGAAGAGUUUCUACGAUUCAUCAUACCUCAAAAAACACAUGAGGAUCCACACUGGAGAGAAACCAUUCACAUGCGCUCAGUGUGGGAAGAGUUUUAACUGCUCAUCACACCUUAAAAAGCACAUGAUGAUCCACACUGGAGAAAAACCAUUCACAUGCACUCAGUGUGGGAAGAGUUUCAGCAAAUCUUCAUCGCUUUAUAGACAUAUGAGGAUCCAUACCGGAGAAAAACCAUUCACUUGCACUCAGUGUGGGAAGAGUUUCAGCCACUCAUCAUCCCUUAAUCUACACAUGAGGAUCCACACUGGAGAGAAACCAUUCACAUGCCCUCAGUGUGGGAAGAGUUUCAUCCACUCAUCACACCUUAAACAACACAUCAUGAUCCACACUGGAGAGAAACCAUUCACAUGCACUCAAUGUGGGAAGAGUUUCAGCACAUCAUCACACCUUAAACAACACAUGAAAAUCCACACUGGUGUGAGAGAGUUUAUGUGCUUGGAGUGUGAGAAGACUUUUAUUACAGCUGCAGGAUUGAAACGGCACCAGAGGAUUCACACUGGAGAUAAACCGUACAAGUGUUCACACUGCAGUAAGAGUUUCAUCCACUCAUCAUCCCUUAAUCAACACAUGAGGAUCCACACUGGAGAAAAAACAUUCACAUGCACUCAGUGUGGGAAGAGUUUCAUCCACUCAUCAUCCCUUAAUCAACACAUGAGGAUCCACACUGGAGAAAAACCAUUCUCAUGCACUCAGUGUGGGAAGAGUUUUGACUGCUCAUCACAUCUUAAUAAACACAUGAGGGUCCACACUGGAGAGAAACCAUUCACAUGCACUCAGUGUGGGAAGAGUUUCAGCCAAUCAUCAUCCCUUAAUAAACACAUAAGGAACCACACUAGAGAGAAACCAUUCACAUGCACUCAGUGUGGGAAAAGUUUCAGCCAAUCAUCAUUCCUUAAUCUACACAUGAUGAUUCACACUGGAGAGAAACCAUUCUCAUGCACUCAGUGUGGGAAGAGUUUUGACUGCUCAUCACACCUUAAUAAACACAUGAGGGUCCACACUGGAGAGAAAUCAUUCACAUGCACUCAGUGUGGGAAGAGUUUCAUCAACUCAUCAUCCCUUAAUCAACACAUGAGGAUCCACACUGGAGAGAAACCAUUCACAUGCACUUCAUGUGGGAAGAGAUUCAGCCGAUCAUCAUCCCUUAAAAAACACAUGAGGAUCCACACUAGAGAGAAAACAUUCAUAUGCACUCAGUGUGGGAAGAGUUUUAGCCAAUCAUCAUUCUUUAAUCUACACAUGAUGAUUCACACUGGAGAGAAACCAUUUCCAUGCUCUCAGUGUGGGAAGAGUUUCAUCCGCUCAUCAUCCCUUAAUCUACACAUGAUGAUCCACACUGGAGAAAAAAAACCUUUCACCUGCACUCAGUGUGGGAAGAGAUUCAUCCACUCAUCAUCCCUUAAUCAACACAUGAGGAUGCACACUGGAGAGAAACCAUUCACAUGCACUCAGUGUGGGAAGAGUUUUGACUGCUCAUCACACCUUAAUAAACACAUGAGGGUCCACACUGGAGAGAAACCAUUCACCUGCACUCAGUGUGGAAAGAGUUUGUCAAGCAAAAGCAAACUGAAGAUUCACAUGAUGAUUCACACUGGAGAGAAACCAUUCACAUGCACUCAGUGUGGGAAGAGUUUCAGCCAAUCAUCAUACCUUAAUGAACACAUGAUGAUCCACAUAGGAGAGAAACCAUUCACAUGUACUCAGUGUGGGAAGAGUUUCAGCAAAUCAUCAUCGCUUUAUAGACACAUGAAGAUCCACACCGGAGAAAAACCAUUCAUAUGUACUCUGUGUGGGAAGAGUUUCAGCCAAUCAUCAUCCCUUAAUCUACACAUGAGGAUCCACACUGGAGAGAAACCAUUCACAUGCACUCAGUGUGGGAAGAGUUUCAACCAAUCAUCAAACCUUUAUCUACACAUGAGGAUCCACACUGGAGAGAAACCAUUCACAUGCACUCAGUGUGGGAAGAGUUUCCGCCAAUCAUCAUCCCUUAAUCUACACAUGAGGAUCCACACUGGAGAGAAACCAUUCACUUGCACUCUGUGUGGGAAGAAUUUCAUCCACUCAUCACACCUUAAUCAACACAUGAUGAUUCACACUGGAGAGAAACCAUUCACAUGCACUCAGUGUGGGAAGAGUUUCAGGAUAUCAUCAUCGCUUUGUAGACACAUGAUGACCCACACGAUAGAAAAACCAUUCACAUGCACUCAGUGUGGGAAGAGUUUCAGCCAAUCAUCAUACCUUAAUAAACACAUGAGGAUCCACACUAGAGAGAAACCAUUCACUUGCACUCAGUGUGGGAAGAGUUUCAGCCAAUCAUCACACCUUAAUCUACACAUGAUGAUUCACACUGGAGAGAAACCAUUCACAUGCACUCAGUGUGGGAAGAGUUUCAUGAUAUCAUCAUCGCUUUGUAGACACAUGAUGACCCACACGAUAGAAAAACCAUUCACAUGCGCUCAGUGUGGGAAGAGUUUCAGCCAAUCAUCAUAUCUUAAUAAACACAUGAGGAUCCACACUGGAGAGAGUCCAUUCACAUGUUCUCAUUGUGGAAAGAGUUUCAGCCACUUAUCACAUUCAGAGUUGAAACGGCACCAGAGGAUUCACACUGGAGAAAAACCGUACAAGUGUUCACAGUGCAGCAAAAGGUUUACUCACUCAGGAACCCUGAAAACACAUGAGAGGAUUCACACUGGAGAGAAACCGUAGACAUAAUCAGUGUCUUCAGUUUCACUCAUUCUGGGCAGCUUCAGAGACACAUGGGAUGGUUUCUGGUAUGGUGUCGACAGUGUAGCAGCCUAGAAAGAGCACUACCAUACACACAGGCAUUAAUCCCUCUUUUUACAUCAUAUAUGAUAACCUAAACCAUAUUUAUAUAACAUGGAGGGGGACAAAAACAAAAAGGCUAAGACAAAACAAACAUUGAAACCUGAAAAAAAAUGGAAAUCCACAGAUGAAAAAUCUGAGAGAGACGGGAUAGCUGAUGUGUCCUGUCAGCUUGCAGUGCAGCAAUACAUACAGACAUCAAAACUUUCCGGAUGGAUAUAAAAUCCGAUUUAACCACCUUCCAAGAUUCUCUCGCAAAAGACGUGAAAAUGGAACUAAGUAACUUUAAAUAAGAAGUCUAUCAAAAACUUUAUGGCCUCAUUACGGACCUUAACACAACGGCAGAAAAGGUCAAUGAAGCGGAGCAGCGAGUUGGAGAAUUUAAGAAGAACGUUGCUGAGAUGAAAGAAAUGCUCAAAUCAUCCAAAUUCAAGAAAAUUUACAAGAGAAACUGUAAAAUCUAGAAACACGCUCCCGUAGCAAUAAUAUUCUGAUUUUUGGCAUACCGGAAGGAAGCGAAGGGAAUAAUAUCCAAGACUUGAUGGAAACGAUUAUUAAAAUGGCGCUGUUACUUGAUGAAUUGGACCUUAAAAUCCAACAGUGUCACCGGGCACUCUGACCAAAACCACCUGCUGACGCACAGCCUAGAUCAGCAGUGGUAUUCUUCCUGGAAUACAAAACAAUGAACCUGGGGCCUCGUGUAUCAACACACAAACCUAAAAUCUUUGCUUUACUAAUGAUGAAAUUAAUGUGGGAAUGUGUGCAGAUCCACCCAACUUCAUGCCUGGCGUAUGCACAUUUCUUGUGUGUGUUUGUUUUAUUUCCAUUGGUGACUCCUAGAGGCAGUUGUGCUAAAUUGCUCUCUACAAAGUGUCUUUGGGCCGUGCAAUGGCAGCUGUAUGAGACAGGUUCAUCUGCGUGUAACAUAUAUGCUGGAGAUAAACAUUUCGUUCAACAUUCCAUGAAAAUGAUCUGGUUUCAAUUUCCGGGGCAAUUUAGGUCACUCGGUGACAAAAAGUCUGGCCUAAAAAAAUUCCUGCUGACAAGUAACGAGUUUGGGACGUUCCACAGAACAGUCCUGAAGUACUCUCUGCCGACUUCAAAGGGAUAUGGCAGAUAUCUCUCUCUGUUCGUACAUGUUUUAUAGUCCCGUAUAGAAAAAUUCUGAAAGAAAAGGGGAUUAAGUUUCAAACACCACCGCCGGCGAAACUUAAAAUCUUUCUGGAAAACAGGGCGGUCAUGUACAUUUCAAUGACGAGGCAUCAAGAGAUCUGAAAGAAAAAGGCCUGAUAAACAGUGAAGAAACAAUUUUAGGAAUCUCUGGGAAAGUGAAACAAAGACUUUGGCAAAAGGUUGGAGUGACAUCAAAGAAAAGUAAGGAAAAACAUCAAGCGAACAUCAGGGAAAAGCUAUGUUAAUUUCCAUGGGACAACACUAGCUCCAUUUGAAAGAAGGGUAAAAUCUGACAGAUCCUAACAAAGAACUCUGAGAGGCUGGUAAAAAUUCUUGACUUGAUUAACCGAUAAUGGACAUUUAAAUAAUUUGAAGGAAGAAUGGUAUUUAACCGAACUGACCAACGUCACAAGAUGAACGAUUAAACCACACCAAAACUCGAGUCACUGAGUAACAUACUGGUAGGAAGACAUAAAGGGAUUCUAAUUUACACACCUAAAAUCCCUUGCUGUAAUUAGAAACAUUUAACUUGAAAACCUAGCCAGAAAUCCAAGAAUAUGUUUUUGCCAGAUAUGGGUGCUGAAUAUAUUUGUUAAAUUUUUUUGUGCAAUAGGCACAGCAAGGAGAAGGGGCCCUUUAGAGAAGGAAGACUUUCCCCUCACAUUAAGAAGUUAUUUUAGACUUUAAGGUUUGAAGACCUUUUUCAUUAUGUUUUUUUUUUACAUUUUUUAUGUGGUUCAAGAUAUUCAUGUUUGUGUUUUUCAUGUUCCGGUCACUGUGAUCUCCGUAAUAACAUCUGAUUAUAGAAUAUGCAAAAACAGGCAUAUAGAGUUAUUACUUUGAAUAUUAAUGGGUUACUAAAUUCGAUUAAAAGAAGCAAACUUGUGGCUAAAAUGAAAAGAGAAAAGCAACAGAUAAUCUUCUGGCAAAAGACACAUCUUUGAUACAGAACAUAAGAAAUUAAAUAAAAUGGGUUUUAAGGUUUUCUUUUCCUCAUAUAACAAUGGUCAUAAAUAAGGAGUAAUUAAUCUCAACAUUAAUCUCAAAUAAAAUCAACUUCCAAUUAAUAUCGGUUACAUUUUACAAUAAGGUUCAUUAGUUAUAUACAACUUAAACUCUAACAUUGUAUUUUCUGCUACAAACAUUUCUAUAAAGUCACUUUCUUUGUCAUUUAUUAAGAAAUAUUCCCGUAAUAACCUGAAUGAUAUUUCUAUUUGUUUUUAAAUAAAAUCCAUACAUCUAAUUUUCUUUUUUCAAAAUGUAAAAAAAUAUUCCUUCUUUGCCAUAUUACAUUCUUUGCAAUUGUUAUACAUAAAUUAAAAACAGUCAUAUUGCAACCUUUAACAUCGUAACCAAAUAAAAAAAUUUUCUCCCAUU